AUGGCGAACGAAAAACAGGUGGAGCAGGAGGAGUCAUUGCCUCUUCUAGAAGGUACAGAGGCAGAUGCAUUCCAAGUGGAGCUCCCGGUUGACGGCGGCCGCACGCUGUCGUGCACCAUCCGGCGCCGCCCUGGAAAUGCCAGUUGUGAAAGGCAAACUGUGCAGGUCCUUUUGUCUUUCAAAGAUCCGUUUUUUGGAGAAGGUGCUGCAUCCAAGGAACUGCUGCUGCACUGGGGUGUCGCUAAGAAUCCAGGGGAGUGGCUCCCUCCCGAUGGCGACUUCAGGGAGCAGUUGCGCUGUGGCGGUCAGCCUGUGAAGUUCGAAGGAGCGGCGACAGAUAUCCCCUUUCCGUCUCCUAGCUCUAGCCCCCCCUCAGUGCUUGAGUUGACAUUCCCCGCAGAUGUGGCCCCGGAAUACAUGGUGUUCGUAUUACAUUCUCCCCCGAACGAAUGGUUCAAACAGCCUACCCCAGGACGGCCCUCUACGAAUUUCAUGCUUCCUCUCAAGCAAGCUCUAAAAACAAUGGCAUCUCGAAGGGCCUUUCUGAACGCCAUAUAUGCCUAUAAGCGGACCCAGCCUCUGCAACAAAUCAAACCCUCCAGCUCACACUACUGGAGAAUUGCGGUGAACGACGGCGACAUGCAACUGCUGGCAUUGACGUUCGUGGACAAGGAAUGCUGCGGAUUGGAACUCUUUUGCGAUUGGCCGGCAGCUCUUCUGCUCCAUUGGGGGACUGCAGAGAGCCAAAGCAGCCCCUGGAAACGCAUGGAGCUCAACAAAAUGCUGGUGCACGUUUCCAACGACGCGCAGCCGGUGCAGCAGCAGCACCGACAGCAGCACAAAAAGGAGGAUUCCGAAAGGAACAUACAGGGACAGGAGAAGACGAAUUCUGGGAAGGCAAGCAACACUGACAAAGGCGAUGCGUCUAGGGACUCGUCAGCAGACGAAUGCCAUCUCGAGACCCUGUACGGAACUUUUGGUCACUACGCUAUCGACAAUAAGGCAGCGCAAACUUUAUUUGAGUUCUGCGAAACGUCGCGUAGCGUGGGCUUUCAACGAGUGGCUCUCUGCUUCAGGGGAGAUGGUGUGCCUUGCGGGGUCUCGUUUGUGUUGAAAGAAGUGAAGGCAGAUCGUUGGUUUGCGGACAAAACCGGAGACUUCUUCAUAAAACUUCCGACGCAUCCUUACUGGGAGGCACUGCGCGAAAAGUACCGAAAGAUUGAAGAGAUGCGAGCUGCUGAAGAGGCCAGAAAGAUGGAAGAACGAAGGAAAAAAUGGAAUGAGGCUAAGCAGGCAUUUAGCAAGUUUGCUCAGGAGCAGAACCCAGAAGGUGCCCUAACGUUGCGUCGGGUGCCUCUCUCCGGUGGCAUAGGGGAACUUCUGGUGAAAACGGAGGCGGACGCGUCCAAGCAGAACAUUCUCAUCUCACUCACGGCUUGUCUCCAAACCCCUUGUGUUUUGAGGUGGGGAAUGGUUGACAUCAUGGGGAGACGGCAGACGGAGCUGCAGCGGGAGGCUGAGGCUAAUGGAGCACCUCCCAUUGAAACAGGGAAAGGGGGGAGGUAUCAGUGGCUGUGCCCUCCCCCUGAGGUCAGGCCCCCCCACACAGUAGUGGUGGAUCCACACCGGGCUUGCGAGACCCCAUUUGAAGACUGUUCUGAUGGCCUUCUGCAACACAUAGAGAUACACGUUCCAGCAGUCAAAACCACUCCGCAAUUCGAAGGCGAUCCUGGCAUUGAACCUCUCUUCGACGGCUUUGCCUGUUGCCUUAGAGAGAGGGAUGCCGACAGGUGGUACAAGGCUAUUGACAACCGUGAUAUCCAAGUCCGCCUUCUGGAUGUGGAAGACGUGCCAUGUAAGGGGGAGAACCGCGAAUACCUGGAGAAAAUCGUAGAGGCCGAGGUGGAGUGGCAGCAUAUGACACUAAUGCAUCGUUACAACCUGAUGCGCGAGUUCUACGAAUCCUUUGCUCGGCGGUCUGAGGCCAGACUUACCUCAUCUUCGGAAUACAAUACACGGGCGCAGAGAGCGUCGGAGCUAGCGCGAACAUGGGCCCAAAGGCAGUGGGAGGGGGACGAGGCACCGUUGCCUGAGCGGUUCGGGGCAUGCAUGAAGAAAGCCCUGGCUGCCCACGAUCUUCUAGCAUGCGGUGAUCUGGCUGCCGCUGAAGCGGCAGAGGAGACGGAAUUCUGGGAGCUGAUGUAUACCUGGGCUCGAUUUGCCUUUCUGGGGCUUCUGGACUGGCAAAGAAAUUACAACACAAAGCCUCGAGAGUUGGCCCACGCUUGCGAAUCCCUGACGUUCUAUACCGUCAGACUCUGGCGCAACUUUCCGUCCCACCGUCCGCUGAUUCGUUGCUGCCUCAGCACCAUGGGUAGAGGCGGUUCCCAAGGUCAAGCUAUUAGAGAUCGAAUCCUAGAAAUCAUGCAUAAGCAUCACAUACCUGAACAUGGAAGCUUUUAUGAACAGUGGCACCAAAAGCUUCACAACAAUACCACUCCAGACGACAUCGGUAUCUGCAGAGCAGUAAUUGCUUUCCUCGAGACUCGCGGAGACCUUUCCACAUACUGGCGAGUGCUCAGUGACCACGGAAUCACCAGGGAACGGCUUGCCAGCUACGAGAGGAAGAUUACUAUGGAGCCUCAUAUGUUGCACACAGACAUAAAUGAACUUAUCAAUGACUUCAGAGCCUACCUCAGCGUGAUACAGGACGUACACGAUGCAAGGGAUGCUCGAAAAGCAUUUGACUACGCCCGAGGGUACCUCGCGGGGGACACCGUCCAAAUUGUAGAAAGAGUGGUGUGGGAGAUGGGACAGCGGACAGACAACAUGGGUGCAGGGGAGCUGCACGAUCGGUUUUCACGUUUGUCAGAGGCUCGCAGACGCAUUUGCUUCCAGCUGAACGAAAACGGGGGUCUUGACACUUGUGACAACUCAAAGAUAGCCGGAACGAGGGAAUUAUUGAUGCUAGACUUCGUAUUGGAGCAGCAACAAGGACUACUGCUCCAAGCCACGGGGUCCUUUGAUGUACAACAGCUCGCGAUGCAUCUUAGAGAGCUCCUUCUUUGCCUUUCUGCCCACGACCCCUUCAAUGUCGAGCUCACGAACCUGUGCGCUGACUGGCAGCACCUGUCUGGAGACCUCGCGGCUAGAUGCGCCUGCGGAGACAGCUCGAACAACGAGUGCAGGGAGGGAGCUCUUCUUCUGAAGGCCUUGUCAGAUCGGUUGUCCCGUUUUGUAGGCAAGCAAGUGGACUCAGUGCAGGAAGGUCUCGGGCCCAAGGCACAGUACUUGGGGGCACAGGUUGGAACCGACAAGAAAGUGCUUGACUUCUUUGUAGAUGAGGUUCUACGGGGGUCAUCUCUACUGAGUAUCUCGUUUUCCGUCAAGCGUCUGGAACCCCUGCUGAGGAAGGCAGCGAAGCUGCCCGCUUGGCAGCUCAUUUCGGUUGUAGAGAGAGUCAAGGGUGAAUUUGUUACCAUUAAUGAACUCUCGGGCAUCCAGGAUAAGGUGUUUGAAUCGCCAACAAUCCUGCUCUGCAAUGCUGUGAGCGGCGAAGAGGAGAUCCCGGAAGGUGUCCAGGCCGUUCUAGUCCGCUCUGCUGCUGUCUCCCCCGACAUCCUCAGUCAUGUCUCUGUCCGCGCGCGGAACGCCCACGUGCUUUUGGCUGUCUGCUUUGACGAGGCAGAAAGCGGCAAACUCGAGGAGCUUGCUGGGCAGUGGGUGGAGGUUCAGUGCGCACGCGAUGGCAGCAGCUUAAGUGUGACGGCGGCGCACAGGUGGAAGCCAGACUCGUUAGUUCAGAGGACUUGUUCUAGCCUCUUUGACCGUAAGGCUUCUCAGCUUGUCCUGGAAACUCAUGAAGAAGAAGAACUUCGCAAAUCUAUAAAGCAAGCAGACAAAAAUGUGGCAAUUCUGGAUGCGUCUGCUGAUGCUCCAUGGGCCAUCACUCCAGACAAGUUCACUUCGUCCUUGGUCGGAUCAAAGUCCCUAAAUAUCGCAAAAUUGAAGUCUGCCUUGCCCAAAGAUGUGCUGACCCCGUACUCGAUCACCCUGCCUUUUGGCAGUUUGCAGCGUACCCUGCAUGCACCUGAGAAUGCGGAGACAUUAAAAUCCCUCAGUGCUGCUCUGCGGAAGCUGUCAAUUCGUCUCAAGAACUCGGAAGCAGAGGCUAUCUUUGAGACAUGCCAGAAGUCUAUUGCAAAAGUUGCAGUCCCCCGAGACCUGCGCCAGGCUCUAGAAGAAGCUCUUCAUAGCAUCGAUGCCCAGGGAGGUGACAACAACUAUCCCGCCGCCAAGUUGGGCACUCGGCCUCACCUUAUGGAUCUUUGGAACGAUACUGGCGAUGCCAAGUGCACACAGGCCCUGAUCAAAGUGUGGGCUUCUCUCUUUGGACUGCGCCCAUGGGUUUCACUUACUAAGGCAUCUAGAGACUACUGCGAACUUAACAUGGCAGUUCUCAUUCAAGAACUUCUCCCAGUCCGUUAUUCAUUUGUCUUGCACACUAAGAACCCAUUCUCCCAGGAUCCGAAUGAGCUAUACGGAGAAAUUGCUCCAGGACUUGGAGAAGUCAUUGUAGGCAAUUACCCUGGACGUGCUUUAGGGUGGACACAAACCCGAAAUGGAGACCCUAGGGUUGUUGCUUUCCCAAGCAAAAGCGUCGCUCUCACAUGCAAACAGUGUCUAAUCUUUCGGUCGGACUCAAACGGAGAGGACCUCUCAGGGUUUGCUGGUGCCGGGCUCUUUGAGUCCAUUCCUGCAGAAGAAGCCUUUUGGCUGCCCCUCUGUUACUGGAGGCAGCGCCUCGUUAGCGACAAGGCGUACAGGCAUGCGUUGCUCUCAAAGAUCAGCAAAAUUGGAGUGCUCGUGGAGGAAAUCUACGGCGCCCCCCAAGAUAUUGAAGGAGUCGUCAUCGGUGAAGACACGGUUGCUCUAGUGCAGACACGGCCUCAGGUCUAG